GAGUCUGGCGACGUGGCCACUGCCUCGCCCGGCGCGACGCCCACCCCAACGUCCAGCCAGGGGAACCCUGCCGAGUCUGGCGACGGGGCCACUGCCUCGCCCGGCGCGACGCCACCCCAACGUCCCAGGGAACCCUGCCGAGUCUGGCGACGUGGCCACUGCCUCGCCCGGCGCGACGCCCACCCCAACGUCCAGCCAGGGGAACCCUGCCGAUCUGGCGACGGGGCCACUGCGUCGCCCGGCGCGACGCCCACCCCAACGUCCAGCCAGGGGAACCCUGCCGAGUCUGGCGACGGGGCCACUGCGUCGCCCGGCGCGACGCCCACCCCAACGUCCAGCCAGGGGAACCCUGCCGAGUCUGGCGACGUGGCCACUGCCUCGCCCGGCGCGACGCCCACCCCAACUCUGGCGACGUGGCCACUGCCUCGCCCGGCGCGACGCCCACCCCAACGUCCAGCCAGGGGAACCCUGCCGAGUCUGGCGACGGGGCCACUGCGUCGCCCGGCGCGACGCCCACCCCAACGUCCAGCCAGGGGAACCCUGCCGAGUCUGGCGACGGGGCCACUGCGUCGCCCGGCGCGACGCCCACCCCAACGUCCAGCCAGGGGAACCCUGCCGAGUCUGGCGACGUGGCCACUGCCUCGCCCGGCGCGACGCCCACCCCAACGUCCAGCCAGGGGAACCCUGCCGAGUCUGGCGACGGGGCCACUGCCUCGCCCGGCGCGACGCCCACCCCAACGUCCAGCCAGGGGAACCCUGCCGAGUCUGGCGACGUGGCCACUGCGACUUCUGCCGAGUCUGUCGACGUGGCCGCUGCGCAGCCGGGCCCGACGCCCAGCCCGACUGCCAGCCAGGAGUUCUCUGCCGAGUCGGUGGACAUGUCGAGUGUGCACGCCGUCGGCGACCCGCAUCUGGUCAACGUGUAUGGGCAGCACUUCGACAUCUUCCACCAGGGCGUCCACGUGCUCCUCCAGGUCCCGCGGGGCGCGGCGCCCGCGGCCGCGAGGCUCUAUGUGGCGGCGCGCGCCCAGCAGCUGGGAGCCGUGUGCGACGAGAUGUACUUCACCUCCCUGAACGUGACGGGCAGGUGGGUCGAGGACAGGCUGCGCUCGAAGGCAUUCAAUUUGACGGACGACUUUCCCGAGGCAGCAAUGAGAGCCCGCGGCAGACCCACGGGAGGCCUCCACUUCUUGGCGGGACAGGCGGGCAAUCGGCGCCACACGCCGUGGAUGUACUUCGGCGGGGUGGGCCUCAGGGUCACCUGGGGCCACACAGCCCACGGCGUCAAGUACCUCAACGUUCUCAUGAAGCACGUGAGCCAGGCCGGCGCUCCAGUCGGAGGCCUCCUCGGUGGGGACGACCACACCGAGGCGGCAACCCGGAGCUCGGCGUGCAGCAAGUCGCUGGCCCUCAGAGCCGAGGAGCAGGAUGAGCCUCAGGGAGCGGAGCCCGGCUCGCACACGGAUUGGGCCCACAUGGCGGUUGCGACCUGGUGAUGAGCGCGGGGCAGGGGCGGGAACGAUCGCGCUUGUGCUCCGCGAUCUGCUCUGCUGCGCGCCGGCUUACGACAUCUGUGGACGGCUCAAGAGUCAGUAGCUACCUAAGGGCUGAGUGUCGGGAGUUGUUCGCGAGUCAUACCUAGCUAUUCGCGCGCACGAGCAGCAGCCCGAGGGGCGAGAGCUCUCAGCAAACACUCGCUGCACAUGUGCAGCCCUUGGCGCAUGUGCCACUGUCUCUGCCCGUGGCACCACGACUGGCGCUUCCUUGCUAUACGUCCCGCGGCAGUCGGGUCGGGAGGACCAGAUUUUGCGGAGGCGUCGCGUGGAA